CCAGACACCCCCGCGGCCGUGGUGCGGCCCUACCUCCCCCCGGCCGCCGGCCUUGGUAAUGCCCGGCCGGGCGUGGGCGGGGCCGAGCGCCCGGGCUCCGCCCACAAAGCGGGCGGGUGGGCCGGCGCCUGGGUUGUGUUCUGCUGUGGAUUCGCCGGGCGGAGUCAUGACCUUGCAAUUCUGCAGACUGGUGACUCCCUGAGUGUAGCCCUGCGGUGUGGGGCCCGGGGAGGCCGGAGGGGUGGGGCGAUGCGCGCCAGGAAGCGAGGAGGCGCACGGAGCCCAGAUUGAAGAUAAAUAUGUGAAGAUCAUCAAAACAAUUGCAUUGACUUUGUUUUCUUGGAGAGGACGUAGUAUAGGGCCCACACGCCCUGUGUUCAUCCCGAGCCUCCUUUGAUAUAAAACUUAGGACAAUGAAUCUUGAAAGUGAUGGAGCAACAUCACAGAGCAUUUUUGAUUUGGACUAUGCUUCAUGGAAAAUUCGCUUAACACUAGUGAUAGCUGGUUUUUUCUUUUACCUGGGUGUUUUUGUUGUCUGCCACCAGCUGUCUUCUUCCCUGAACGCCACUUACCGUUCUUUGAUGGCCAAAGAAAAGGUCUUCUGGAAUCUUGCAGCCACCCGGGCUGUGUUUGGUGUUCAGAGUACAGUGGCAGGUCUGUGGGCUUUGCUGGUGGACCCCGUUCUUCAAGCUGAUAAAGCCCUUAACCAGCAGAACUGGUGUUGGUUCAACAUCGCAACGGCAACUGGAUUCUUUUUCUUUGAAAAUGUUGCAGUUCACCUGUCCAACUUGUUUUUCCAGACAUUUGAUUUGUUUUUAGUUGUCCACCAUCUCUUUGCCUUUCUGGGAUUUCUUGGUUCAGUGAUCAAUCUCAGAGCUGGCCACUAUCUAGCCAUGACCACAUUGCUUUUGGAGAUGAGCACUCCCUUUACUUGCAUUUCCUGGAUGCUCUUAAAGGCUGGCUGGUCAGAUUCUCUGUUUUGGAAGCUAAAUCAGUGGCUCAUGAUUCACAUGUUUCAUUGCCGCAUGAUCCUAACCUACCACAUGUGGUGGGUGUGUUAUUGGCACUGGGAUGGUUUGAUCAACAGUCUGUACCUGCCUCAUUUUGCACUCUUCCUUUUUGGACUGGCCCUGCUCACACUAAUAAUUAAUCCAUAUUGGACUCAUAAGAAGACUCAGCAACUUCUCAAUCCAGUGGAUUGGAAUUUUGCACAACCAGAAACAAAAAGCAGUCAACCUGAAAGGGCCAACGGGCAGGUACUCCAGAAGAAGAAGCAGUAGCUGUUUCAGGAACCAAAUGACUCCUAAUAAUACCAACCUGGAGAGUAGUGCUUGUGAUUAUAUGACGUUCCUUGAACAAUGAAUUUUAUGGGAAAAAAAAAAAAAAAAAGUGAAUGUUUUUGUUUGUUCUUGUUUCUUAGUGAAAUACUAACUUUGUAUUUCAUUAGUAUUAAUUUUGAAGUAGCCACGGAGUAAACCUUGGUUUGCCUUUAGGAGCAGAUUUUUACCAUCAUAAUUUGACUGUUUGGGUUUAUUCCUGUAAGCUUAACCGUGUUGGACCACUUGAACUCCUUUAAGAAAAGGAAAUCUCGGGAUCAAGGCAUUGCAAGCUGUUGAGAAGGAGCGAGCAUGGCUUGUCUGAAUACUUGAAAUGACUUCAUAUUAGAAAUGCCCACAUGGUAAAUGUGGUUGAGUCAGCAUUGAUUCUUUCUGGUCACAUAUUCACAUUUUGGGUUUAUUAUUAAAAAGUCUUAUUCUUUUUAGUUGGAAAGAAUUGGCCUAAGCUACAAAGUAGUAUUGGUUACCCUAAUUAAAAUUUUCCAGUGUUGUGGAGGAUUAAAACUACAUAAUGCAACAGUGUCCUCUAGUGGCCAAGUGGUAUAAAGACAUUGUCAAGGCUUAGUGACCCUCGUAGGGAAAAAGCAACUAUCUUGAAAUCCACCCACCCCGAUGUGAAUGGGGGGGGGGGAUAGUAAUUUAGGUGAAAUAUUUUAGGAAUUUUUUUUUAAUCAAGAAGCCUAUUUAAAAUGAGGAUUUUUAUUCGUGUUGGAGUGCUCAUUUGACUAAAGGCAGGAUUUUUAGUAAUCAGACAUGUCUAGAUUUUAGAGCCUUUUUAAGUUGACCAAGUUGCCUAGAGGUGUCCAAACAGGGCCCCUAGUUCUUGGGUGUUUCUCUGUAGAUGUCAAGAUGUUGAUCACUUUUGUCCUACAUGAUAUGGACUAGACCUGGACACCUUUAGAGAUUAUUGUCAGUUGCAGCCCGAGAUCGCUAGAAGGCUUCCUGCCACACUCCCUAGAGAGGGGUUCAAGAGUGCUGGGGUUGGGUCAUUGUUUUGUCAACUGCUUCUUAGUUGCACUUUAAACGUGAUAAAUUAUUGACUAUAUUUAGGUCAAGAUAUGUAAUACCUAGUUAUCUUAAUUGAGGAAGUGAUUUAAAUAUUUAAAAUAUCCAGCAAAUCAUGUCCCUAUUAAGACUGUUCAACCAAAAUCCCUGUAGCUCCCGGAAGGUUUACUCUCUGUGCAGUUGUGUCCUUUCUUGUGGAAGCAGCAACAGCUGGUGUUUUCUAACUGCGGAGAAGAAUAAUGUAACUGAUGUUUACAGGACCCAAAUGGAAGGCAGUUCCUGUCUCUCAGAAUAAAUAUACCUUACUGUUUA